ACACACGUCACGUCACCAUCAACACCAACAAGACGGUGGUGAUGCAUUUCCACACCACCACCACUGCCAUCCCACCGCCAGCCCUGAAGGUUGGGCCUCUCCAGCUGCAGGGCGUUCAAUCCACCAAACUACUUGGAGUUACCUUGGACAAUAAGCUAAGCUGGGGCAAGCACGUCACCACCAUCAUCAGGGUGGCUUCCUACAAACUUUUCAUGUUGAGGCGCAUGAAAGCACUGGGAGCCCCCAAAAGGACGCUCAAAGACCUGUACACCACCUUCAUCUUCAUCAGACUCCUCUACGCAUCUCCUGCUUGCUGGGCUCCCUCCAUCAACAAGACCCAGCAGCGCCAACUAGAGAGAACAUAAGAACAUAAGAACGUAGGAGUCUGCAAGAGGACGGUGUACCUCGGUAAAUUUGACAUCAACUUAAUGCACCACCCUCGCCACCGCCACCUCCUGCCACUCGACCCGCCUCCCCCCACCCGUUCAGGUCAUCACAACAAACCAACCUCCAUCAGUGCGCUGCGUACCGACCGCUACAAACGGAGUGCAGUGCCGGCAAUAGUGCCCAAAGUGUGUGUAAUUCACCCCGGCCUGAUCACAAGUUGGACUCGCAAACGCAAGCAAGUACCCUCCCGACAAGAGACUUCCCCGGAGGAUGUUUUCCUGAAGCUACAAUGUGGACCGGAUGGGAAUAGGAAAACAAGUGUGUAGCGGAACAGCAGUCUCUUGCCUUGAGUUAUUGUCCUCUCGUCUCUUGAUCGCCCACCAGUCCUGAUACACGGAGAGAACCAGUCCUCGCAAUAAAAAAAGCAAGCACGAGGAAGGAAUUUCCAGCAGCAUGGCGGACAACACAGAUUUCAACGGUGUCCACAACCCAGCCUUCUCCCACACCGAAGGUCAUAACCGAGAAACAGAGACUUCAGCGCCCUUUGAAAAGGUGGAACUCGGCAAUGCAGUGGUGCUGAAGAAUGGUGAGGCGAGGGAGAAGGAGUCUAGCAAUGGCAGACCACCACCACCGGCUGCAGAUGACCCGGGACAGCGACGCACCAUCAUGAAAAAUGUAUUUGUUAUAUCCCUCGCCUUCACUUUCCUCUUCACCGCCUUCAACUCCAUGGCCAACCUACAGUCGUCCAUCAACAAAACAGAUGGCACAGUGUCACUUACCAUUAUCUACGUGGCGCUGGUUGUGUCUUGCUGCUUUGUUCCUUCACUUCUCAUCAAGUUACUAAAAACUAAGUACACAAUGGUGCUGUGCAUGCUUGCGUACUCUACAUACAUCGCUGCACAAUUCUAUCCGACGCUAGGGACACUGGUUCCCACUGCCAUCAUCCUGGGACUAGCGGCAGCACCUCUGUGGUCAGCAAAAUGUACCUACUUAACGAAGGUGGGGUCCAGGUACGCAGAACUGGCAGACCAAAACCAAGAAGUAGUUGUCACUCGAUACUUUGGCAUCUUCUUUCUCUUCUUCCAGUCGACGCAAGUGUGGGGCAAUCUCAUCUCCUCCACUGUGUUGUCAGCGGGUGUUCCUGAACAGAACAAGACAGAAGAGGAGCUUGGAAAGUGCGGUUACUCUUUCUGUCUUGCGGACUCGCCAAGCACAGAUGCAAACAGCACCAUCUCCACUAACAGUACUAAUGUCAUCCCAGACUGGCAGAGGUACACCAUGGCAAGCAUCUACCUGAUCUUCGCGCUCCUGUCCUCGCUCAUCAUCGUACUAUUUGUCGACCCUCUCACUAGGUUCUUUGGGACCAAAGACGAGGCUUUUGCUCUUGAAAGCAAAUCAAACUUACAGCUUCUCAUCGCCACCUUCAACCACAUGCGUCACCCGUACCAGCUGCUCAUCAUCCCCCUCACCAUAUGGUCGGGUGUGGAGCAGGGCUUCUUCCAGUCUGACUACACUGCCGCAUAUGUAUCUUGCGGGCUAGGCGUGCACAUGGUGGGCUACGUGAUGAUCUGCUACGGGGUGUGUGACGCCAUCUGCUCCAUCACCUUUAGCCCUCUGGUGAAGGUGGUGGGUCGCGUGCCUAUCUUUAUAAUGGGAGCACUCAUCAACAUCGGCAUCAUCAUAGCCCUCAUCUACUGGCGGCCUCACCCUGACGACAUGGUCAUCUUCUUUGUGCUCGCUGGCCUGUGGGGAGUGGCUGACGCAGUCUGGCAGACACAGAUCAAUGCGUUCUACGGUGUAAUCUUCCCUGGGAUGUCCGAGGCUGCCUUUAGUAACUACCGCCUGUGGGAGUCUCUGGGCUUCAUCAUUGCCUUCGUCUGCAGCACUUUUCUCUGCAUCAGCUCAAAGAUCGUCAUACUUCUGGUGCUCGUUGUUUUGGGCAUCACUGGCUACCUCGGAAUCGAGGUCAUUGAGAGGAUGGGAGGCCUAAAGAAAGAUAGCAAUGGAAAGGUACUGCCCAUCGAUAAGCUCCUUAUGGUCAUGGAGGUUCCAUUCAAAUAGUUCUUCAUUCCCUGCAUAAUCAAUAAAGCUAAGAAUUACAAAAUAUGUGACAAUGUCCGAAUACGUCUUUCAAUUUGAAAUAAUUACCAAGCAAUGUGAGCUAACACUUAUUUAGUAAAUAAGUUUCUUCCCUCAAUAUAUUUCAUGUCAACGAGGAUUUGUGGCUGAUCAGAUUAUGCGAGUUGCACAGCCAUGACUGUUAAACUGUACCAAAGCUAAGAGCUGCACUCUGCCACCUUUAAUGAAGCUUUGCCCCACAGCAUCUCAUGGCACCCAUAGACAGCCUUCUUGCUUGUUGGGAGGAGAGUAGAAAGCAUAAAAGGAAGCCCACAAAGUACUACUUGUAAGAUCAAUAAAUUCCUUUGGAUGAAAUACAUGUCUAUGUUACAUUACACUUCAGAGGUGGAGCGAAACAAUUUUAAUGACGAGUACUGUAGAGUUGUGCGUGGCAUAGAACAUUUUUUUCUCCUUAAGCUCAUACAUCUAAGUAGGGGCAUACACUGCAAUAAGAGAUAUGAAGCCCAAGGUGUGCUUCAAUCUCAUCAGCAUCUUAUGCUCAUCAACUUUAAAAACUGUGCUUCUGUGCUGACAUCCUACCUGGCCAAUCUCUUUCGUCUCUGCCUUUCAACAUUUACCUUUCCUUCCUGCUGGAAGUAAAGCUACAAGCAGCCUGUGCCUAAGAGGGGUGAUUGCUCUAAUCCUUAAACUACUGUCCAAUAGCUUUUCUUUCUUGUCUUUCUAAAGUCAUUCACCGCGUACGGGACAACGCGGGUUCGAAUCUACAUUCAAUCCCUUACCUAUCCCCUCUUUCUCUCUUCAGUACUCCUCCACUCUAUUAAUCCAUUUCACUGGUGGUCUCUCCCUGACAACCCCUCCCUUAUUCCUGCCCUCAUACAUUUUCUUCACUAAAUAAUUCUUUUUCAGUCUUGUCAUAUGUCCAAACUAUCUCAGAGCACAUGAUUCACCCAUUCAGCCACUUCACAAUCCAAAUCCUUCGCUGUUAUGCCCAUAUCAAGUCUCCCACACAUGCUUUCAUUGCUUUGUCCAUCCCAUCCUGACACUUGACUCAACCCCCUAUAAUAACUAAAAGACUAUUGCUAUUACUAAUACUUAUUACUAUAGGCCCUAUAUCUGGUAAGAGAAUUUCCACCAAAAAAAAUUGCAGAUUCUGAAUACCUUUGAAGGCAGAAGAGCUUUGGGCUGAGAUGAUCAAGAUGUACAUAGACAGAUUGCCAAUAGGAGAGACAGGAGGGGUGCUGCAGCUUCUAUUUUGAUGAUGGAGUUCCCAGGGACAGACAUCAGGUUGGGCUGGCAGACUGGCACACCACCCUCUGGAAAAUUUGAUUUGCUACACUUCCACAUGCCAGGUGAAUAUGAUAAAGAGGAGAAUGUAGAGGAGAGGCAGACAGACGGACUGAUGAACAAGUGUAAACACAAACAGACUGAGAAACAAACAGCUAAGAGACAGAAAGACAGACACAUAAUCAAAUGCAGAAAGUAUAGAGACUGAUACUGAGAAAUACAGACAGAAAUACAAAGAAAAACAGACAGACAAGAGUGAGUCAAUGAGAUACAUAAAAAGAGGAAACAGAGAGAGAAAAAUACAGAAAAAGGGGAGAUAAACAGAAAUACAUACAUAAAAACAUAUCAUCAUAACCUACUACAACAUCUGACUUUUAAUAUAUCAGUAUGACUGAGAGCUUUAGUGUACCUCAAAUAAAGGGUGGAAGGCUGCCAGGUAGGGAAGACAGACCUAGGCGUGUAUGGACAAAAGCGUGCUGACAGGAAGAGUGCCACAGCUUCUACCUUACUAAUGGAAGAUCUAAGAGCCAAACAUGUGGAUGAGCUGCCUGACCAACACACACAACACUGCAAAAUUAUCAUUGGACUGCUAGAAAUGUAGACAGUUAACUGGAUAAACAGACAGACAAACAAAUAGAUUUAAAGCACGACACAUAGUCACAUUCAGCCAGCAAGGAAGAUAACUCAAGAGACAGAGACAUAGACAGAUAAACACACAGUCAGACAAAACAAGGACACAGACACAUACAGACAUACAAGCAAAGACACACAGACCCAUACAGAGACAGACAGACAGACAAGCAAAGACACACCGAACAGACACAAAGAAAGAUAGAUAAGACAGAGACAACAAUUUGUGCCAGACUUGGUCUAAAGCUUUCGAGUUGUCAAUGUGUUGAUGUAGAAAGUAUACAUAAUUGCAUUCUUUUAUCCCCUGUAAGUGAAAACAUACCAUAGUCUAGUCUAGGUUAAAGGAGGGAUUGAUGUGGCUGACAUGGAUGCUAUAUCAUAACCAUUAUUCUUGAGGAGUUGCUGGAAGGGACUGCCAUAGCUAUGAAGAGUACAAGUUUCAUGGAUUUACCCUUUAUUGCAGUUCACCUCCCUUCCUUCCUUGUUAAAUGUCUCGCUUGAAUUCAACUUUCAACACAUUGUAUACAAACACCCAUAUUCUCAGAUGCUUUGGGUUAUCAAUACUAACAUUUUUCAAGGCCCCAGUGAAGGGAAGUCAUGUUAUCAUGAAGUGUUCUUUACAUUCAUGAUACAUACCUUGUAACACUAUCACUAAGGUCAUGAGACCACCCAUGAAAAAAAUGUAACUUAUAUGGGAACCUCAUCAAACUGGUGGACUUUGCCACUGGAAUGUUUCUGAAUACAAGCAAUAAGUCUUGUGACUAAUAGAGAAUAUUUUUCUUUGAUAUGAGCCUAAAAUCCUGCAUGAAUACCUGUCAAUACUCGUGCCCACCAAUGUAGUUAUAGCCACAAGUUGGUCCCUUUCCAGUAAUGAUUGUUUGGGACUAAAGGCUAUCACUAUUUAGUAUGACUGUUUUAUUGUUUUCUGUUGUGCUCCAUCCAUCACUAGCCCAGAGAUUUACCACCACCAGGAGCUUCUCCUAUACCACCAGGUGCACAGGUAACUAUACAACUAGACAGCUUUCAGUACCUCCUCAACAGAUACACAUCAAACCCUCCACCUUUUAGACUGACCAAAGUGGCAACACAAAAUCCCCUCCACAUACCUUCCUCAAAGACCACCAUGGCAAUGCAUGCACUGCAGCUGCCCACCACCAUUAAGAAGCUACGGUAAGUGUCCAGCAGAAGUGCCAGUACUCCAGGACAGGUCCCAGGAGGUACAUGGCCAGCAUAGGAACCACCGCCACGAAGAAGUUGAGUUGGGCAUCCCCUCCCAACACUGGGACAUGGUAGGACAGGUCACUGUAGACAGAAUUGAUGGUGAGCCUGAGGCAGAGUGAGGCAGUGGUGACUGGCAUUAUAUUGCUAUUUUAGUGCAAUACGUUAAGGCUGAACUCACCCACCAACUCACCUCAUAAUUAUGAAGAAUGAUUACCCUGCUAAGCGCCCACCAGCUCCUAGCCCAUACCUCAGGGCCCCAAAGAUCAAGGAUAUAUAACCAGCGGGUCACUUAGCUCAGAUGUAGAGGGGGAUUUUAGAUUUAGUGGUCUGAACCCGGUCGGCUGAGGUGAGGCCGGCCUUUGGUAGUAGCUAGUUGUAGUUAAUGUGAGCUGCUGCCGAGUGAAGAAAGGAGAUGUGGACUCGCCGGUUGCUGAGCUGAGACUGCUUUCGGCACAAAGGCUAACAGCUGACUGCUCGCGGGUGAGUUAGGAAGUUAACUCAUUCCUUUCAGAGCUUUGUUGAACCAUUGGUUCGAGCCCGCGGCAGUUAUCAAUAAUGCUUCCUCGCUAUUGGAUUACCAAGACUCCCUAAACAACCCUUAAUUCCUAACAAUAAAGAAUAGGGGAAGGCAGUCUACCAUAUAAAAUUGUCACAUCUAAAAAGAAAGUCAUUAUGAAUACAUCUUCUCAGACAUAUGAUGUAUGGAGUAUGCAUCACAUGUGUGGGGGAGCUCCACUCACAUAGCUAUCUUGGACAGAAAAGAGUCAAAGGGUCUUCGUCUCAUCAACUCCCCUUCUCUUACUGACAGUCUUCUACCUCUUAAAUUCCGCCGCCAUGUUGCCUCUCUUUCUAUCUUCUAUCGAUAUUUCCAUGCUGACUGCUCUUCGGAACUUGCUAACUGCAUGCCUCCCCACCUCUCGUGGCCCCACUGCACUCGACUUUCUACUCUAGCUCAUCCCUAUACUGUCCAAAUCCCUUAUGCAAGAGCUAACCAGCAUCUUCACUCUAUCGUCCCUUACAGUGGUAAACUCUGGAACAGCCUUCCUUCGUCUGCAUUUCCUCCUGCCUAUGACUUGACCUCUUUCAAGAAGAGAGCAUCAAGACACCUCUCCACCCGAAAUUGACCUCUCUUUUGGCCACUCUUUACUUUUGUCUCUUGUUGGAGUGGUGAGUAGAGAGCUAUUUUUUUUUUUUUUUACACUUUUUGUUGCCCUUGAGCCAUCUCCUUUGUUGUAAAAAAAUAAAAA